AUGUCCGAAGUUUUAGAAGUUUCACGGCAAAUACGUCAAGAUGUUAAAGAAUACAAUCCUGAUUUAACGCCUACGCCUGAAGGUCAGGCUUUUGCUGUCAUUCAAUCUUCAUAUGAUAUUGUUGACUCUUCAGAGGAUUUUAAAAAUAAGGAACUUUUUAAUGCUGAGAUAGAUAAUUAUAAAACAGAUAAGAUUCUUCUUGAAAGUAUCGAACAGAAGAGUUCUCGAGUAAAACGCGAAUUAGUAUGCGAAGAAUUUGAAGCACAAAGUAUAGAUGAAGACUCUUUGAAUGUUGAUAACGCUGAAAAUAUUAUUAAUGAACGAGAAAUUGAAGAAUCUUCUAUAGAAACUGACUCGUUGCUAGAUAUUACCGAUGAUUCUUUAUCAAGACAGAAUCAGGAGAACAAAGACGUGAACAGAAAAAAUUUAGUUUCAACAUCAAUUGAUGGUAUUUCUUCAUCUCAAUAUGACGAACAUUCUGUUCUUGAUGAAGAUUCCUUAGAAAUUAAAGAAAAACAUAAAAUUGAAAUGGAAAAGCAAGUUUUGAAAGCAGCUGAUGAAACAUAUGUUACUUCUCGUUUAGAUACUGUUGAUAAAUCAUUGAUAAUUCAGCAAGAGAAACAAGAUCAUGAGUCUUCCGAAUAUAUGUCUAGUAUGCGUAUAGAUACGAAGAAAUCGGAAUCUACUAUUGCUUCCACUGAUUCUAUAGCAAUAUUGUCAGAUACUGAUAGACACUUCUCUCAUAUAAAAUCUGACUAUCCUAAAGUUGCGACAAUAGAUGAUGAUUCUAUCCACGCAGUAUCUGUAGAAAUCGCAGCUGGAUUGAAGUCAGAAUCUAAUGUUAAAUGUAUUGACAGAACAACAGUUUUAUCAGACACAAGUAAACUGAAGUCAAGUCAAACUGAAGUUGACUUUAUUACUAAAACUGAUAUUUCCAAAGAUCAUUCAAAGUUGCCCAAAGACACAACAAUGAUUAUCAGUGUCAAGGACGAAAAGUCUCCUAUGUAUGAAAAGGUUAUUACUCCUGAAAUGAUUAAACCCGACGAAUUACCAAUUUCUGAAGUCACUCCAGAUUUGCCUAAAGACAAGUCACCCGUCAUCAGUGUUAAAGACGAAAAGUCCCCGGUCGUUGAAAAGGCUAUUACUCCUGAAAUCAUUAAACCCGAAGAAUUACCAAUUUCUGAAGUCACUCCUGAAUUGCCUAAAGAAAAGUCACCAGUCGUUGAAAAAUCUAUUACACCUGAAAUUAUUAAACCAGAAGAAUUACCAAUUUCUGAAGUCACUUCAGAAUUACCUAAAGAAAAGUCACCUGUCAUAAGUCUAAAGGACGAAGAAUCUCCAGUUAUUGAAAAAUUAGGAACUACUGAAAUGAUUGAACCUGCAAAAUUAUCAAUUUCCGAAUUUAUUCCGGAGGUACCUACAGAAAAGUCAGUGGAAAUAUCUCAAAUUGAUCAGUGCAUUAAAACUGACAGUAUUAUUACAAAAUAUGCAGAUAUUGAUAAAUCUAAAUCGGACGUUAAUGUUAUUGACACUAAGACUAGAGUUUUAGAUGCUGUUGAGAUUGACUCUCAAAAAAAAUCUAGCUAUACUGUUACAUUAUCUUCAGAUUUGAGCAAAGUGGAAGAUCAUUUGAAAUCUUAUGAUGUAACUACGACUUCAAGGUUGGAAACUGAUAUUAUUGAUUUUGAAACUAAGCAAAAGGAUUCUACAAUCAGUGAACAGGGAGAAAUGAGUAGUUCUAGAAAAACAUUAUACUAUGAAGGAACUAGCAGGACGAAGGAUAUAUCUGAAGUGAAAAGAGAUUCUAUAGAAUCCAAAGAAACUCAGAUAGUUAAAGAACUUUCAUCAGAAACGAAAUAUAUUCCCACGGAUAGUCUAGAAGGGAAAGUACAUUCAAUCCAAACGAAGCGAGUUGAAUUUAUUGAGGAACCAAAAAUAAUGAAAAAAAGCGAAGACGAUAAAUAUCUAGGUAUGCAUACUGUAGCUGGAGUAGAUGUAAAGCUUGACAAUGUACAAAAGCUAGACGUAGUGCACAAAGCCGUAGUGAUAAAAGAGUCCUGUGAACAUAAAGUUGUAUUUGAUGAUGAUAUUAUUGAACAUGAAGACUAUCAAAGCUAUAUGCCUCGUAGCGAUUCUGAAAAGUUUUCGGAAACUGACGCAGAACCAAUAUCCUCAGGCACAGACUCUUCUCUUAGGCUGGAAAUCCAAUCGCUAUCUGAUAGAAGUACAAGUCAAAAAGCUCCAGUUGAAGCUAGUCUGUAUGAAGUGGAAUCGCCGCAUAGCGAUGAUACGGAAUACACUGAGUCACAUAUAGAGUCAAUAAUUGAAACACAAAAGGAGGAAAAAACAGAUGCAGAAUUUAAAAAGACUGUAAAACAGUAUGAAAUCGAGCAUAGCGAUAUAAUAAUGGAUGAUGAUAUGAUUAGAAUCACAGUUCCUGACAACAUUAUCGUUGAUAAAGACAUUCUUAGUUCAGAUGCGUCUGACAAAUUAAGUUCUAAGUCAGUGGCAAGGUCUCGAAAGCAAGUAAAGAAGUACACUGACUAUGGAAAGACAAGUAAAGUAUUCACAAGUCCAAGAUUGCGAUCUAUGAAAUUAGCAACGGACGCAGAUGUAAGUUCAGAUGAUGAAAAGAAGGACUCUGUUACAAAGCAAGUCCGAGAAAAAGUUUACAAAAAGGUAGCUAGUACUUCAAGUGUCGGCACGAGUAGUUCAGCUGCAAGAUCUCAGAUCAAAACCUACAUUCCUAAAUUAGUUAAAUCUUCUACAUCUAAAAUGUCGAGUAGUGAUAGUACUUCCACCGAAGCGAAAACCGUUACUAAACGGUAUGAAAGUAAGAAAAAGGUAAAGUCCUUUGUAACCACUCCUCCUCCAUAUAAACCUCCGCAAGUCACCAGAGUUUAUGGCUAUAUGCAAUCAACGUUAUCCCGUGAUAUGAAAAUUGAACGUCAUGUGAAGGAAAGUGAAGCUAAGAAGACGCAGCAAUUUAAACCGAAGAGUAAAAAAGAAAUUGACAACGCCAAUCAAAGAACUAAGCAAGUAUCGAAAAUAACAUCGACCGAGAAAAAGAGAAGCUACACACCCGAGAACGUACAUAAAUACACAUACGAACGCACCACAAUUUCAUCUGAAAAUAAAACUUUAUCCAGGGAAUCGACACCUGUUAAAAAACGCGGUCGAUCUCAAGAGCAUAAAGAUAGUCAGAAGAGUUUGGCCAGAAGUUGUUCUUCUGACAGUUCAACGCGUAGUGUUCUCAAAGAGGAGAAACGCACACGAAGUGCACAUACGAAGGAAACUAAAUCGGUUAAAAUAAAGGAAGAAAUGCAGGAUAGUAACCGGUACCAGAAAGCGGAUAUACCUGCUAGAAUCCACAGUCCGAAACCCUCUCCAUCCCCAACAAAAUUACGCAGAACCAUCCCCAUUGAAGAGCAUAUCAAGAAAGUAUCCAUAAGCGAGAAAUCAUUGAUGACUCCGUCCCAGAAACCGUCAGAAAUUGAAAAGACCGUCCAAUUUACCGAUCGCAAUAGAAGUCAAUCAGUCAUACCCACUGUAUGUCGCGAUAAAGCACAAGAAAUUCAACUAUUAGAAAGAAGUAUAACACCUACAUCGUUACCAGGAAGUCCCAUCCGUGCCAGAAGUGCCAACGGUGGCACCCAAGUUAUUACUUCUGAAGUAUUUACAAGAAGCGAUGAUCACUCCGGAUCCAUAGAAGUUAUAUAUCGACAACCUUAUGAGAACUUAAAAAAAUUUCCAUCUGGAAUUCGCAACGAAGCAGAAAUAUCCUUAAUAGACACGACCGACUCUAGUUUAUCAGAGUCGAUCGCUCUACCAAGUUCACCGUCUGAUCACGACAUGAGCUCCGACGCAAACAGUAGACAGAAAUCAUCGUCUCCAGUAUCACCGAAAUCCGCAAGAAAGUCUCUUGAAUCCAUUAAGGAAACGUACAGAGUCAGCGAUCUGAUCACGUGCGCGCAAGCUUCCGAAAACUUGACAUUUGAAGAAAUCCAAGAACGCUUCCAGCUAUUGGAGGACGACUCUGUUUCGCUUCCACGAAAGUUGCUCAUGUCGCAGAUGGGAGAAUUCACGACUACCUCAUUCGAUACCAAAUCACAAUUUACUUCCAAGUCGUUUAUAGAAAGCACGACGACUCACCGAGCACAAACCGAGGACAGACUGUCACCUAUACUCGACGUUCAGGGCAGUAGUCCAUCGAGCACAAGACAAACACCCGGUCACACUGUGUCCGAAUCGUCUGAAGAGGAAAUGAGUUCAGGUAACACACGUUCUGUGUUGCCUGAAAGAUCCGCUGUACCAACCCACAGCAUGGCUUUCCCAGUACCACGUGAGGUAUACAAAUAG